AUGCUUUACGUGUGUAUUUUUGUGGGACUGGUGUUAGAGUCCUGGUCUUUACCUGUGCAGAACUCCUCACUGGUUCAUCAGACAAGGCUGAGGUCAAAGAGAGAAUAUCCAGAGCAUUAUGUGAAACCUGAGGACAUGAAUGCCAUGGACAGGAUCCUCAGAGUAAAUCAGCGUAUGUGCGUGUCCAGAGGUUUUCCUUUAAGAGAGGGUGACAUCCUGAGUUCAGGAUCCCGCAGUGCCAUCACAUGUUUAGGAGAUUCUUGCCGCUGGCCCAGAUCUGUUGAUGGUUUUGUGUAUGUACCGUACAUCAUCUCUCCAGUAUAUGAUGAUAUGGACAGAAUCACCAUAGAAACAGGAAUGUUGGACAUUUCCUCUGCAACAUGUGUGAAGUUUGUGCCUCGCACACAUGAAGCAAACUUCCUUAGUAUCCAGUCUAGAACCGGCUGCUGGUCAUAUCUGGGAAUGAUAGGAGGCAGUCAGACCGUGUCUUUGCAGUCUCCAGGCUGUAUGUGGUCAGGAGUGGCAGCUCAUGAGCUAAUGCACGCUCUGGGAUUUGUACACGAACAGUCCCGCUCUGAUCGUGACCACCACGUCUCCAUCCUGUGGGAAAACAUCAUAGAUAAUCAAAGGCACAACUUUAAGAAGUAUGAGACAAACAACCUCAAUACUGCAUAUGAUUAUACUUCUGUCAUGCACUAUGGGAGGUAUGCCUUCUCAGAGGAUGGUGGACCCACCAUCAUCCCUAAACCAGACCCGUACAUUCCCAUUGGCCAGCGAGAUGGACCAAGUCUUACGGACAUUCACAAAAUAAACAUAUUGUAUAACUGUGGUGGCCGUGUGUGA